AGAGACACAGCGCUUUCAUCCAUAUACACAUACACACACAUAUACUUAUACAAAAUAAAAACCCAUCAAAUUCAAAGAAUUCACCACCCUUUUUUUUUCAUUUUUAAUUUUUCUCCUAGUCUCUGUUGUUGUAAUUGCUGCGGUGCUGUUCUGGAAGAAAGCUGAGAGAGAGAGAGUGACUAUGCUGGGGGACUCAGCUGUGUUAGGAGGAGGAGGAGGUGGUGGUGGUGGUGAGGGAGGUGGCUCCGGAGAAGCAGUGGCGGCGGUGGCAUCAGCAGCAGCUGGAACCCACGACGGAGCGGCGGCGGCGGCGGCAGGUGGUGGUGGAGUUGGAUCAAAUUCAGGGGAUGAUGAAAGAGGUAGAAUCGAUGAAGGUGAACGUAGCUUCGGUGGCAAUCGGUGGCCACGACAAGAGACUUUGGCGCUGUUAAGGAUACGGUCGGAUAUGGACGUGGCGUUUCGAGAUGCAAGUGUUAAGGGUCCUUUGUGGGAAGAAGUCUCCAGGAAACUGGCAGAGCUUGGGUACCACAGAAGUGCCAAGAAAUGCAAAGAGAAAUUCGAGAACGUCUACAAGUACCACAAGAGAACCAAAGAAGGUCGAAGUGGAAAACCAGAUGGCAAAACUUAUCGUUUUUUUGAUCAAUUAGAAGCCCUUGAGAACCACCCUUCAAUUCAAUCACCCAACUCAUCAAAACCACCACAACCGGCACUACUACCUGCACCACCACCACCACCACCAGUAUCAUCACUAGUAGUAACAACAACAACAACAACAACAACUGCAUCAUCAGUGUCAUUACCAACUACUACUACAACAUCAACAACAACAGUGCCAAUGCCACUCCCUCAUGCCACUGUUCCAUCAACAAGCACACUUCCUAUACCAUUACCUCAACCCAUUCUCACUCCCCCAUCAAUAAACCUCACAAUCCCUUCAUUCCCACCAACAAACCCUACAAAUUUCCCACCAUCAACAACAAUCCCAAUCUCUUUCGCCAACAUCCCAACCGAUCUUCUCUCCAAUUCUAGCUCUUCCUCAACCUCUUCGGAUCAAACAUUGGAAGGGAGGCGCAAAAGGAAACGCAAGUGGAAGGACUUCUUCGAGAGACUAAUGAAGGAAGUUAUCGAUAAGCAAGAGGAGUUGCAAAGGAGAUUCUUGGAAGCCAUAGAGAAACGAGAACAUGAACGAAUGGUUAGAGAAGAAGCAUGGAGAGUACAAGAGAUGCAAAGGAUCAAUAGAGAGAGAGAGAUUCUCGCACAAGAAAGAUCCAUAGCUGCUGCCAAAGACGCUGCAGUUAUGUCAUUCUUGCAAAAGAUAGCUGAACAGCAAAAUCUCGGUCAAGCAUUCAGCAACAUCAACAUUUUACAACAACAACAACAACAACAACAACAACAACCGGUGGUGCCGCCGCCGCCGCCGCCGCCGCCACCACAACAAGCAGCACCAGCUCCGCCGCCGGUGCAACAACCAGCACCAGUUGCUCAGGCUGGGCCACCACCAUCAUCGUCGCAGGCUUUGAUGCUGCCAUUGGUCCCACAACAACAAGUGACGAAUAUGGAAAUCGUUAAAGCUAAUAAUAACGGUGAGAAUUUCAUGGGAGCGAGUUCUUCGAGGUGGCCAAAAGUGGAGGUUCAAGCAUUGAUAAAGCUGAGAACGAACCUUGAUUUUAAGUACCAAGAAAAUGGACCAAAAGGACCUCUUUGGGAAGAGAUCUCAUCCUCAAUGAGGAAGCUCGGUUACAACCGAAGUUCUAAAAGGUGCAAAGAGAAAUGGGAGAACAUCAACAAGUACUUCAAGAAAGUGAAGGAAAGCAACAAGAAGAGACCAGAAGAUUCCAAGACAUGCCCGUAUUUUCACCAGCUGGAUGCUUUGUAUAGAGAGAAGAACAAGUUCGACAACACGGUGGUGAAGCCGGAAAGCAUGGUGGCGCCGCUGAUGGUGCGGCCGGAGCAGCAAUGGCCACCUCAGCAGAUUGAUUCAAGAGCAGGAGCAGAUCGAGAUGUGACCAUGGAAGACGUGGAGAAUGAUCCCAUGGAGCGGCAUCAUCAGGAGGAGGAAGAUGAUGAAGAUGAAGAAGAGAAGGAUAUUGGAGAAGAUGAUGAUGAUGAUGAAGAGGAUGAUGGUAACUAUGAGAUAGUGGCAAGCAAGCCUGCAACAUCAGCAGCAGCAGGAACAGCAGCAACAACUUCAGUGGGUGCAUCAGCUGAGUAGUGAGAGGUGCAAAAGUGCUCAAAAGAAUAUGCAGCACCGAACAAAGCGUGGGGGUGGGUCAGAGAUAGUGCAGGGGUUGUCGGAACGGUGGAGGGUGGGGGGCAGAAACCGGUGGCAAUUGGGGAUGGUGAUGGUGGUGGUGGUGGUGAUGGGAAGUGUGUGUGUGUGGAAGAAUUUGAAUAUGCACGUACGGCAGAAUGUCACAUGUGUAUCGAGGUGGGAGAUCGAUGGGGUUUGGUACUUUGUUGUUGCAUAUAGUCAGUAAGAUUAUAUGUUUUUCUAUUUUAUAAAAUUUGUUUAUUUUUUUUGGGUUAAUAAAUAAGUUGAAUCAGAGAGGAAUUUAAGAUAUAUAUAUAGAGAGAGGGGUUCAGGUUCCAAAAUAACGAAUAAAGAAAAGAGAGAGAGAGAGACCUAAAUUAAGUUUUUUAAUAUAUUUUUUCAUCUUGUUUUAUGUUCACGUUGCUGUAAUGGGAGGAGAUUAGUUGGGGUAUUUGUCUUCUUCUUUUUUAUUUUUCAAUUUUGACAUUUUGUUACUCUUCAAACGCUGUCAUUGAAAAAAAAA